GGACACUUGACGAUGCAUUCCAACACAAUGGUAAAAAACCUUUGGAACGAUAUCAGACACGACGGCCCCACCUAUAUUGCAGCGAAGCCCGAACUCACACUAGUGGAUUCGUUUCCGUGGCGCGUGCGCAUCGCGGACGUGUCGUGCUAUACGCUGGAGGCGCGGCGUGCUACGGACGGAGUUCGCGGCGCGCUAAAAGACACGCGCAGCACCGCCCCGCGCGCCCUCCUCGGUCUCCUCACCACCACCGUCACCCUCUCCAUAGUCACCAAGUCUCUGUCCGUGCGGCUUCCCACCCCCACGCAACGCACGCCGCACGUCGCCCACGACGAGACAUACAGCGCCAUCUAUUGUGCUGUAGCGGAAACGGCGCCAACAUUCCGCCCACCAAGAACCUUGUUCUUUCCGCCCACCAUGAGGUAUUCGUGA